AUUGUCGUUCUAACAGAUAAACUAUGUUUUGUGUCUGGAACAAAUUUAUACUGAAACAGGUAAAACGGGAUUUUAGACAUUUUCUUAUAUAACUCAGUUUGAUUAAUGAAACAGAAACAUGGAAAAUAGACGUGGCAUUAUACUUUCUCAUUUUUAUCAACUUUGUCUUUAUGUGAAUUAUUGACCAACCCAACAGAAAUCUGGAUUAUUUUGCCCAUGUUUAAUCAGCUCAACUAAAGUCGGUGAAUAACCUCUGACUUGUAUCUGAAUUUAUUUUCUUUGCCUAAAGCCAACCUGUUAGAUUUUACAGUGUGAAGUUAUUAGUGUGUGUUGGCCUGACUGUGGUUCGGUUUUAUUAGAAUUCCUUAUUUUCCGCUUUUGGAAUUUGUCAUUUCCACGGAUUUAUGUUUUUAUUCUGUUUUAUAAAGUUCAGCUUCAUUCUUCUGCAGAUCCUGUUUCUUUCUGGCAGCCACAGUUAAAACCUGCAGGAAUCCAUCACAGGUGAAGAUGGUCACUUUUAACCCGCGUGCACCAGUGUGUCAUCAGGCACAAGCUUCCAGUGAGCUCAGCUUCACUGUAGAUUUUAGAAACAGGAAAAUUAAUCUUUUCUGACGCACCAGAUCUUCUAAAUACAUUUUUUAAAAAGCGGGAGUGUUAUUAUUAUUAUUAUUAUUAAAUUAAAGGCUUCUCGUGUCAGAUAGAUGUCACAUCCAGGGACGCGCCUGUAGAGCCGCGCGCUCCGUCGCACAAAAUGGAUCCUGGAGACCCGCAGACUUACGCUGCGGUUCGGCCGAAGCCCGGUUCGAUCCGCUAACAGCACCAACCAGGAGCCUGUUUGGAUUCAGAAACGCAGAAAGAAGCGGCCUUGUGCGCUCGCAGCCUCGCGGCACACAUCUCCAUCUAGCAGUGCGCAAUAAUUGAAAUGGCGCAUUUGGCCUCAGGCGGCAGGAGCGGCAGGAUGCGUGACGGCAGACGUCAUUCGGCCCCGCAGCAGGAGUGUUUGAUGAGCUGUCAGGGACUGCAGGCCCGAACCGAAGUGCGGCUCCAGGAGGAUUCGUGUCUAAAUAAGAGAAAAGUCUGCGUUCAUAGAUUAAACAUCUCUCCGGCGGACCGCGCGCGAAAAGGCGGAGGAUCCGCGGCUCAACAAACAAGUCGGGUGGGAGGGAGAAGAGCACACCGCCCGCGCUAUUGUAACAUAAUCCUGGCCCCUGGGGUCUGAAGGGCCCCGGGCCACUCUCCCCUUUCAACCCUCCUCUUUAUUCAGACGGAGACACGCAGACAGGCUCGUGUGGCUUUGCACACAAACACCGUCAGACCGACGCAGAUCUGCGGGACCGUGAGGUGAAAAGCAGCCGGAUCCGGAGCCACAGACGCCGUUCUCCAUGUCCUCCGUGUCGGUGUCCUCUCAGGAGGGGCGGAGCAUGUCCAGGAUGUCUCUGAGCCGCUCACCUGUGUCACCUAUGACCGCCCAGGGCAUCCCGUCACCUGCACAGCUCACCAAGGCCAACGCCCCCGUCCACAUCGAUGUUGGGGGGCACAUGUAUACCAGCAGCCUGGCUACACUCACCAAGUUCCCCGAGUCCAGGAUUGGCCGUCUCUUUAAUGGCUUUGAGCCCAUUGUCUUGGACAGUCUGAAGCAACAUUACUUCAUCGACAGAGACGGAGACAUCUUCCGCUACAUCCUCAGCUUCCUGCGCACCUGCAAGCUGCUGCUGCCCGAAGACUUCCAGGACUUUUCCCAGCUGUACGAGGAGGCCCGGUACUACCAGCUGACCCCGAUGGUCCGGGAGCUGGAGCGCUGGCAGGCGGAGCGGGAGGCCCAGCGGGCGGUGCCCUGUGAGUGCCUGGUGGUGCGUGUUACGCCUGAUCUGGGCGAGAGGAUCGCGCUGAGCGGGGAGAAAGUUCUGAUCGAGGAGGUCUUCCCCGAGACUGGAGACGUCAUGUGUAACUCUGUGAACGCAGGUUGGAACCAGGACCCGACCCACGUGAUUCGUUUCCCACUCAACGGUUACUGCAGACUGAACUCCGUACAGGUCCUGGAGCGUCUCUUCCAGAAGGGUUUCAGUGUGAAGGCGUCCUGCGGUGGCGGCGUGGACUCGUCUCAGUUCAGCGAGUACGUCCUGUGUCGUGACCUGCGACUUAGCCAGUCCGUCAAUAGCACCCCGAUCCGGAUCAAACAAGAACCUCUGGACUAACAGCUAAGAGCGGUUCUGGAGGUCCGGCAGAGCCAGCUCAUGUGUUAAAAACAGACUGUUGUUAGACUUGAACGUGCUCCAGAUGAACUGAUGACUUUUAUACAGAACUUUUUAUAAACAUUUUGUCUGUGUUGCUUAUUAGUUUGUACAGUGUUGAUUAAAAAUUCUGACGGUUCUGGACACCAGAACAUAAACGAA